AUGGCGUCUCCGCCAGCCCCUAGUGGCUCUCCCACAACGUCCUAUUCGCUAUUAAAGCAACCAUCACCUCCAAAGGAUGAGAAAAACAUCGACAAUGUCCUAGGUAGCGAUAUUGUGGACGUUGUUGUUGAUGAGGUGGACAGCCCGACAGGACUAAGUCAAGUUCAAGAGGAUUAUUUUAACAACGAGAAGCCACCAGAUGAUCCAAAUUAUCGCUAUGUACAUGUGAAUGCUCCUGAAUUGAACGCAGCACGUAAUUAUUGUUCGAAUCUCGUGAUUACCAGUCGCUUUACACCAUACAAUUUCUUACCAAAGCUUCUCUUUUACGAGUUUAGCAAGCUCGCAAAUGCCUAUUUUCUCAUUAUAUCCAUCAUGCAAACCAUCAAACCAAUUUCGAAUACUGGAGGAUUUCCGGCAUCAUUACCUGCGUUGUCUAUUAUUGUUCUCAUUGACAUGUUUUUCGCGUGUCUUGAAGAUUAUAAACGCCAUCAAGCUGACCAUAUUGCGAAUAACUUGCCUUGUCACAAGUUUCAACAAUCAACUAAAGCAUUUGAACCGGCGAAAUGGCAUACUCUUCAAGUAGGUGAUGUGGUCAAAGUGUUUAAUCGUGACCCAGUUCCUGCGGAUUUGGUCAUUUUAGGCGCGUGUGAACCUGAUCCAUUAAACCCAACGGGAAUUUGUUACGUGGAAACAAAAUCGCUUGAUGGCGAGACAAAUUUGAAGUUGCGUCAAGGACUUGAAGCAACGUAUACAAGACUUCGAACUGAUGCAGCUGUUGGUGAUUUAAUGGGUACAAUCAUUUGUGAAACUCCAAAUAAUUCAAUCCAUCGAUUCUGUGGCUCUUUAACGCUUGAAGAUGGAAAAAAGGAAGUGAUUACAACGAAUGCAAUUGUAUUACGAGGUUCGACUUUACGAAAUACCGAAUAUAUCUAUGGAAUUGUCGUGAAUACGGGACCAGAUACGAAAAUUAUGAUGGCAUCAUCCUCAGAUCCAAUGAAAUGGAGUAAUAUGGAACGACGAUUGAAUAAGCAGAUUCUAUACAUUUGUGUUUUAAUGGUCGCCUUGUGUCUCACAGGUGCAAUUCUCUCGACACUUUGGAACGCCCAUAAUCUUGAUAAAGAUCGUGACGAUGCUGCUUGGUAUUUGUAUGAUGGCAACUCAACGGCUGUGAAGUCACCAUUGAGUAAUUUUUUCAUUAUGGUCCUGUAUUACUUUUUACUCUUAAAUUCAUUCAUUCCUGUAUCUCUUUACGUGAGUAUGACGUCGGUGAAGUUUAUGCAAUCGCUCUUUAUGAAUAAUGACUUGGAAAUGUAUCAUCACGAAACGGAUACCCCUUGUCAAGUUCGUACCAUGUCUUUGAAUGAAGAAUUGGGUCAAAUUGACUAUAUCUUUUCUGAUAAGACAGGGACAUUGACGUGUAAUAUAAUGGAAUUUCGAAAAUGUUCAAUCAAUGGAAUUGCUUAUGGUCAUGGGGAGACUGAAGUUGGUAUUGCUGCAAGAAAUCGUCAAGAAGCAGAAACAUCCGUUAUCUCUGUUACUCCAUUUAGUGUCAAGAAAGAGUAUGGGGAUAUUGUACCUGAUGCGACUUUAGUACCCACAGAUCGAGUGGUCCAAGUGCCAUUUGUGAAUUAUCAAGAUGACGCACUUUUUGAAGCUAUGGCACAGAAAAAUAGUGCACAGGCCAAAGCUAUUGGUGCCUUCUUUGAACACUUGGCUGUGUGCCAUACAGUGAUGCCAGAAAAAGCGGCCGACAAUAGUUUGCGCUUGAGUGCAUCGUCACCUGAUGAACAAGCGCUAGUGGCUGCUGCUGCAUGUUUUGGGUACAAAUUUGUAGCACGUGGACCAGGGAAAGCCAUGGUUGAGUAUUUUUCGUGUGUGGACAAUCCGGAUGCAAUGUUUUGUCAUCAACCUGUUUUAGAACAUGCGGUCGGACAGUACGAAGUAUUAGAAGUGCUCGAGUUUAAUAGUACGCGCAAGCGCAUGUCGGUGAUUGUGAAAGGACCAAGUGGUGAGUUGACACUGUUUUGUAAGGGUGCAGAUACGGUCAUGUACGAACGUCUGCGUCCAACAACUGAUCCAAUUGUGAAUCAAACACGAGAUUUGACAUUGCAACAUAUGGAACAGUUUGCGUCCGAAGGUCUGCGUACACUUGUGAUUGGAAUGACUGACAUUGACCCUGAGUUUUUUGAUGCGUGGGUUCUUCGCUAUCGUACAGCAAUUAAUGACAUGCGUCAAAUUGAUUUACGUCGAAAUGGAUUGGACAAUGAUAUUGAUCGAUUAAUGAACGAGAUUGAGACGAAUCUUGAUAUUCUAGGAGCAACUGCGAUUGAAGAUCGACUACAAGCGGAGGUACCAGAUACAAUUUAUAAGCUUCGACAGGCUGCGAUUAAAAUUUGGAUGCUUACAGGAGAUAAAGAGGAAACGGCCAUAAAUAUUGGCUUUGCAUGUCGAUUAUUAGCUACGGACAUUGAACGGAUUGUUAUCUCUGCUGAUACACAUCCAGAUUUGACAAAAAUUAUGGAUGAAUUACAGGCACAUGUACGAGAUGAGCAUGACGAAGUGGGUGAUGGAAGUCCUGCUGUGAGUGCCUUGGACACACGUACUUCUGUUUUGACUAGAGAUCAGCGCAAACGACGCACGCGCAUUGAAAGUCUUGCGGAAAUGCCAGAGCAAGAAUUAGCUUUGGUGAUUGAUGGUGAAACGCUUGAAGUGGCAUUAGAAGAGUGUCCAGAGCUACUGCUGAAAGUCGCAGAAAAGUGUGUGGCUGUAAUAGCAUGUCGUGUUUCGCCAGCUCAGAAGGCACAAUUGGUUCGACUGGUACGGGACAAUAAACCCGAAAUUCGUACACUAGCGAUUGGUGAUGGAGCGAACGAUGUGUCAAUGAUUCAAGCUGCUCAUGUGGGUGUUGGGAUUUCAGGGCAAGAAGGAAUGCAAGCGGCAAAUUCGUCGGAUUAUGCCAUUGCCCAGUUUCGUUUCUUGUCGCGCUUGCUGUUAGUACACGGACGAUGGAAUUAUGUUCGCAUGGGAAAGUUGAUUCUCUACAUAUUCUACAAAAAUGUUAUUCUUAAUCUGACGCAAUUUUGGUACAUGAUCUACACGGGCUACUCUGGUCAAAAGUUCUUUCUUGAGUGGGGACUUCAAGGGUACAAUCUUCUCUUUACAGCAUUACCGAUCAUUCUUGUCAGCACGUUUGAACAGGAUGUGCCUGCGUGUCUUGCACAUAAUUAUCCCUUGUUAUAUCGUAUCGGACAGGAGAAUACACGCUUUAAUACGAAAGUUGUGUGGGCGUGGAUUACGUCGUGUGUCUGGGAGUCACUCAUUAUCUGUUUUGGUGUCGUUUAUGGUAUGCGGUACUUGGUGACAAAGGCCGAUACACCGACCAUGUGGGUUUACGGAAGUACGUCGUUUACAAUCGUCUUGAUUGUCGUCACACUUAAACUCUGUUUACAUCAACAAAUGUGGUGGCCUAUUCAUAUUGUAAUUUACAUUUCUUCCUUUAUGCUUUGGAUCGGUACCGCUGCGUUAAUCUCGUAUGGUGACUCAAUCAGCUCAUCGUACUGGAACGGUGUCUUUACCAACACAUUCCGCGUGGACGCAUUCUGGUUGGUUGUUCCACUUUUGGUUGUCGCUGCACUCUCGCGUGAUUUUAUGUGGAAAGGAUACAUGCGUAUGUUCCGACCGUCGUACAAACACUUAGCACAGGAAGUGAACGCGUUUGGACUCACGCACAUUGCUGAUCAAUUACUUACGUUCCCACCUGCUCAGAAGAUUCCAGAGACUGCACUUGGAAGUGAAGCUGGUCGUGCUGCCGUCGUAUCUGCUGGGACAACAAGUAUGCGAGAUUCAAGUGUGUCCAAGCCUGUAGUGCCGACUGUUGUGAUGACGUCUCGACCGUUGAAUAGCCGGAUCGGCAAUCGUCGGUCGGUCACACGCGGCAGUGCGUUCAGCUACGAUGCUGAAAGUGUCAUGGUCGAGUCGUUCAUGGCGACAGAUCGAUAUGCCCGUGACGCAAAGCGGACCAAAUCGAUCUUUGACCGACAUGCGAGUCGCGGUUCGCUAGCGUUUCAUAAUCUCCCAGCUCAACCAGACGGAGAAAAUGAGACUACACAUCCACGGACUGGCAUGGUAGAUGACUCGCUAUCCCGCUCCGCUGGCAAUGUAUUCCGUGGUGCUCGUCAUGGUCACGGCCGUCGACGUUUUUUGUCCGUGACUGAAAGUUCACGUGGUCGUGUAGACGCACCCACCAGUUUGUCUGUGACCACGCUGGACCGUGUGCGCGAAAAUGCGACGAAUAAUUUUGGACACCGUAGUUUCCAUCGACCGUCUGUCACGCAACGAAGACGUGGGUUCGAGAAUCGUGCCUUGUCAAGUGACGACGCGCACACCCUUGCACGUCUAGACAGCGGCAAUUUAUCUGUGCGGCGCAAUUUACGGCGUAGUAUGAAGAAUGGGAACGACUGUGUUUAG